UUUCUGGAGGGGGUCUUUUUAAACAAAAAAAAAGUUUGAGGACUUUUAUUUUGAAGCUGCCCAAUUAACGCGUUAGAAUUCUUAUUUUGAAAUCCGUGAGCUACCUCCUCCUCCGGAAGUAUGCUCCCUCAUCUGUGAUCAAGGCCUAUGGAAAGGAGGCUCGGUCACGGGCGGACAUGGGUCUUGAGGUACGGGGUAAAAACACAUGCGCAGUGCCACUGAAGGUGCGGUCGUGCGUUGCGAUUGGCUCAAUUUCAGAGAGUGGAGGCGAGAUUUUACUGCGCAUGUGUCUUACCCCGGAGUUAUGACUCGUGUCCUAGUCUCCUUUCUAUAGGCCUUGACUGUGAUGUGAUCUCCCCUCUGUUGUGUGUGGUGUGGAGGUUGACAGCCUAUGUUGUGUGUGUGUGGAGGUAGAGGCGUGUUGUGUGGAGGUAGGCAGACUGUCAGAUCAGGACUUGGGUUCAUCAGCUUGAGUCAAAUUGUCUUCAUUUGUAUGUCAUGUGGAGAUCAGAGCACACAAAGUGACCAUGCAGAUCCUCACUCCUCAUGUCUACUGGGCUCAGCGGCACGGAGACAUCUAUCUCCGGGUGGACCUGAGCGAUGCAAAGAAUCUUGACAUCAGCUUGCAGGAAAACAACACGCUUCAGUUCAGAGCACAGGGCCAUGGAGCUAAAGGAGACAAUGAAUAUGAGUUCAGUUUGGAGUUCCUGAAACCUGUUAGACCUGAGAUCAGCCAUAAGUCCACCCAGCGUCAGGUGGACAUCAAGAUCAAGAAGCAGGAAGAGUGCUGGUGGGACCGGCUGACACUGCAGGAGAAGAAGCCUCUGUUUUUGGCUCCAGACUUCGACCGCUGGCUGGACGAGUCCGACGCAGAGAUGGAGCUUCAGGCUAAGGAGGAGAAGAUAAACAAGAUAAGUGUGGAGUCAAGGGUUCGUAAAGACCCCUACCUCGGGCUGAAGAAAGGCUACUUGUUUAUGUACAACCUGGUGCAGUUCCUGGGAUUCUCCUGGAUCUUUGUCAACAUGACGGUUCGACUCUUCAUUCUUGGUCAAGAUUCGUUCUACGAUACCUUCCACACCACGGCUGAUAUGAUGUAUUUCUGUCAGAUGAUGGCCGUGCUGGAGGUCAUUAACCCCUUGUUGGGUCUGGUUAAGACUGGGUUUUUCCCUGCUAUGAUACAGGUAGCAGGGAGGAACGUCAUUCUGUUCGUUAUCUUCGGCAGUCUGGAAGAGAUGCAGAACAAACCUGUGGUCUUCUUCGUGUUCUACCUGUGGAGCACCAUCGAGAUCUUCAGGUACCCUUUCUACAUGCUGGCCUGCAUCAGCACUGAGUGGAAGCUGUUAACGUGGCUCAGAUACAGCCUCUGGAUCCCUCUGUACCCGCUGGGGGUUGUAGCUGAAGCGGUGGCUGUGAUCCAGUCCCUGCCCAUCUUCGAUGAGACGCGUCUGUUCAGCCUCCGCCUCCCUGCGCUGCUGGGACACUCUAUAAGCUUCUCCUACACUCUGCAGAUCUACCUGGUCCUCAUGUUCCUGGGACUCUUCAUCAAUUUCCGCCACCUGUACAAGCAGAGGAGGAGACGAUACCGCUCGAGGAAAAGGAAAGUCCAAUAACUCGUCAGUUUAUUUCCAACACACCCUGAACUGACGUCCACUUAAAGAGAAAGCAGCUGUUUGAUUUUC